UUCGUAAAAUUAUAAUCAUACGUGGACGAAGGAGAAAGAAAACAAAAACGGAUCUAUUUUGAACGUUUAAAAGCGGCCAAGUAUCAUCGUUGAUUCGGAUGGACCGCAGCUUUCCGCAUUCCCGGCCACGUGGGCCUUUUAAAAAAUGGCGCCAGUCACGACCGCCGCGUGUGCGUCGUGUGCGUGACGAGACGGCCGCGGAGUGCGGAGUGCGGACCGAUUGACGACAUCGACGUGCGUGUAUACUGUGUGCAUAGUAUACGUAGCGAUUCAUGCUACGGGCUCUCGCGGCCGGCGCGCGACGUUGCAUCCGCACGAUGACCACUGUCACGCAGAAGCCGGAGGUGGUGUUCAUCCUGGGCGGCCCGGGCGCCGGCAAGGGCACGCUCUGCCGUUACAUCGUCGAGCGUUACGGCUAUGCUCAUCUGUCGGCCGGCGACCUGCUGCGCGAGGAACGCGCCAAGCCUAGCUCGGAGUAUGGCGAGCUCAUCGAGACGCAUAUCAGGAACGGCACGAUCGUCCCCGUGGAGAUCACCUGCAGCCUCAUCGACCGCGCCAUGCAGACUUCCGGGAACCCGCACCGCCGGUUCCUCAUCGACGGCUUCCCCAGGAAUCAGGAUAACCUCGACGGCUGGAACAAGGUGAUGGCUGACAAAGUUAUCCUGAAGGGCGUAAUAUUCUGCGAAUGCAGUCAGGAAGUUUGCACUCGACGUUGCCUGAACCGGGGUGCCAGCGGGAGCGGCCGCAGCGACGACAAUGAACAGUCCUUGGUCCUCCGUCAUCAAACUUACCUGAAAAAUACUUUGCCGAUAAUAGAAAUGUACGAACGGCAGGGCCUAGUUUAUAAAGUUGAUUCUAUGAGAACGCCGGAAGAGGUAUUUCAGGACGUCGCGGAAUACUUUCCUAAGAUAGGAUGGUAAUAACGAUGGUCCUAACGAUUUCUUUUGAACAAGUUCAAUAUUAUUGGCGCAAUAGUGGUUCUUUUUUUUUAUUUUUAUUUUGUGGCAUAUGGACAUUUUUAUUGAAUAACAUUCAUAUAUUUUAGAGAUUUUUUUUCCACCUUAUGGGAUAGAACAGGUUUAUCUAAUUUUGAUCACUGUGUGGUAUCAGUAUUAUAUCUCAAUUUUUGUAACGCGUUGCAACUUAUAUACUGGCUAAAUAUUCCUUCACAAAUGUACAAUAAUACAAUGCAAAUGGAUAAUGGUAUCAACGAUCGGAAUCCGAAAUCUGUAAAUAUCCUGCCGAAAUCGUUAACAAUGAAUGGCAGUGUAAAUUCUUUGAUACAAUGUUAUAUGCAUAUAGCGUGCGCGUUAGUAUACAUAGCUUAUAUAUUUAUAGAAUAAAUAUUUAAGCAAUGUGUUAUUAUCGAAAUGUAUCGAUUGAAAAUUUAAUAAUCGUUAGAAAAAGAAUUGCAUAUUAAUGCGAGAAAUGAUGGAAGAGAAAAAAAUAGAAGAGAUGUCUAUCGUGUAUUUUUAAUUUAUACGUAAAAAUACAUUCCUUAAAUUAA